AGAAAAUGUUUACGAAAAAAUCGCAUGCCGAUAUAAAAAAGUCCACCGCAAAAUUGCAGGACUACAAAAAGGAUUCCUCAUCGCGUCUAAGACAUUUGCGCACUAUUUUAGAUAACGUCGAUCAUGAAGAUGCAAAAUCAUUGUUUGAAACAAAUUACAGUCACGUUUAUUUCAUACUCUACGAUACUUUCAUACAAGCGGAGGCUAACCUGAAGCAAAAAGAACUUCCGUUUCAUAUUGUACACAAAGCACAUCGUGAGGAGUUGGAUGGUACACUAUGGCUACUAGAAAAAAUACUUUGCUUACUGCCAGAACUGCUAGGGCGACGUUGGCAAUGUCACUCACUCAGUCGUAUUAUGGCGAAAUUGCUCCAUUUAGGAAAUUCGCCGAAGUUGCGACGAGAAGGUGUUCGUUACUUCUUACUAUGGUACCAAGCGCUCGGUGACAACUCGCCCAUGUACGUGCAUAAUAUGUACGCAGAUCUUAUACCAGGCUUGAUUGUACCGCAAAAAGGUGUUAGUAUUGGUCUUGAUGCAGAAUUUAAUACCUCGGAUUUUUUAAAUCAUCCAAACAUGAAAGUAGAAGGUGGUACGACAUCCGUAUUUCAUGAUGCAUUCUCUCAUCCAGUGCAGAAUUCAGAAUUAUUUGCUUUACUACCACCCUCUUCGAGUGAGAAGACUGCACCACCUGAUCCAAGAGAUGGUUUGGAGAUUUUAUUGAAUAGUAUGGUACAAACCGCAGCUUGCUUACGUUGGCGAGAUAGUCGCGCAAAUAAAGACCAUAAAGCUUUCGCUUUUUUAAUGCAACGAUUUAAGGAAGUCUUUCUGCCUGUUUUCUGCCCAAAUUUUGAUUUUACCAUGUCUAUCUAUGAUCCACGUUUAGAACUGCCGAAUAUGCGUACAAUUAAUAAGAAAGAAGAAGUAAUGUCCUCUUGUGUGGUUGUGCUAAUUAAUUGGAUUUCUCGUUUUACCCACGAGCGCUUAUUAAAUCAUCGUUUGGAUAAUGUACAUAUGGAAGAUGUCGAUCAUACACGCUUACUCUCCUACCAACAAGGAUUAAUUGUACGGGAUGUACUAUACGCUUCACGUGAUAACAUAAAUUUCAUACAUGAAGUGUAUCGACAAGCAUUUUUGUUAAACUUUACUUCAAAGCCACAGAUUGAUGCUAUACGCACUGCAAUAGCUGUUUAUCGUGAUUGGAUGACGGGUGCUACACCACCAACAUUUUUAUUAGAUCCUGACGAUAAUUCUAGCGGCGCAGCUGGUAAUUCACCAAACGGCGCUGUACAACAUCCAAGUAGUUCUGCUGGAAACACACCACGCAGUCAACGUUUACGCACACCAUCUUAUGUAGGUGCAAUAACCAAAGAGAAUCUCGUAGUACGCGCUGGCAUGCAAAAUGUAUUGCAAGUAUUUGUAACGAAUGCUGCUAAUGUCUUUCUAGUUAACACUAGUAGUUUAAAUAUAUACUUUCCAACGAAAUCUCGUGAUCAUCGCUCCACACCUUUACAUGAGCAGACAGAGGUGUGUAAAAAGGUACUAAACGUUUAUCGAACCAUGGUUAUGAAUACCCAUAUGGAACCUAAAACAUGGGAACAACUUCUUUUAGUACUAUUACAAGUGACAUCAAUUGUGCUACAUCAGAAUCCUAGUGGAAAUAAAAGUACUAGUUUGGGUGGUAUAUUGGGUCAAGCUAUUUUUCAAACCCUUAUUGUUACCUGGAUACGUGGGCAUACAAAUGUACCAGUAAAUGUACAGUUAUGGGAAAAAUUUUUGACUGUACUAACUUCGCUUACGUAUCGGGAUGAAUUAAUAAUUGAAUGGGAUAAAACGAUACAGACUCUAACACGAGUAUUCUCACGUUACGUUUACGCAUUGAACUUGCAGGAUUUGCCUUUAGAUCGGUUAGCUGAAAGUAAAGGAAAACGUAGGCGUAUUGGUAGCGUUUGGCAUCAAACAAACUCAUCAAAUCUUGGUAUUGUUGGAGAUAAAAAUAGCAAAGAUCCUUUAUUACGUGCGCAGGAUUCUUGUAGCAAUCGGUCUGAUGAAGCAGCACAAAGCGGAGGUUCUAAUAUACAACAAAACGCAUCUAAUGCAACUGGAAAUUCAAUACCAUCGCAAAAUUCUAUACCUGUACGGAACUUGAACGGUAUACCACUUACACCGAUGUUAAGUCGCAGUUAUAGUGAAGGUAGUUUAGCAUCAGCUGCUCGUAAUUCUCGUAUGCGAAAACGUCAUAAAAUAACUUCACAAAAAUCAGUACCAGCCCCAGUUCUUCCAACAAGUGUGGAACAUUCUUUAAAUGCACUUUUAGCUCAACAACCAAUUACAGACGUAAGCGGCAGUACGGAAACAUUGAAUUCUCAAAAGUUACAUACAAUAUCACUGACGCAAGCAGAUAUGCGUAGAGCAAUGUCUUUAGAUUCUUUAGCAAAUGUAGAACGACAACGUCGUAAGCAACGUCCAAGACGUUCAUCUAACACUGGUGAUGACGAUAUUGAUGGUGAUGAUAAUAUUAGUGGAGGAGAUUCACGGAGUCCUUCACCAACUGCAAGUAGUGGUAUCGAAGGUAGCUCUAUUAAGGAUGCUCAAAUGCAGAUAGAUGUGUUGGCAGUCGACACUGGAAGUUUAGAAGACGGUAAUUCAGGCAGUUUUGCUGGAUCGGAACGUCGAUCCAUAAUAUUAGGUGGAACUGCUACAGGUUGGUUACCAGAUUCUACAGCUAUUAUGUGGAAGCGUAUGCUGGGUGCUUUGGGAGAUGUAAAUCGCAUACCCAAAACAGAUCUUCAUGCGCAGGUUUUUAAACACUUACUCGACAUGACUAUAAAUCUAAUAAAAAUCAAACAAAACCAAGGUAUUUCAACAGACAAUCAAAGUACACCGCCACCUCCUACACUUGUACCGCCAAUUGGUAUAGUAGCACCUUGGUGCUAUGGCGCUUUAGAACUGAAUAAUUCCUUUAAAAAAGGUAAACUAUGGGCGCUACAAAUUCUUUGUACAUUAUGCGUGAAUGGUUCAGUUGCGGGCAUGAAUCAGUUACCUAUUUUUUAUAAUGCCCUUCAUAAAUUGUUGACUGGAGAAGAUCGUGAUUUAAUCUAUGCAAUUCUAAAGCAUGUUGAAGGGCCAAGGUUUUUAAGUUUGCUGUUGCCCGGGCAUACCUUAUUGUUAUUGGAUAUUGUGCAUGCAUCUGCA